CGCUACCGGAUGUGGCGCUGAGCUCUCUCAUCCUGUCUUUCCUAUCCCAACUCGAGACUUCCAGAAGGCUUCACCAGCCGCAGUCCGUCGGCGUUGGAGAACGAUCAGACUUUGCCGGGAUUACAAGAGAAGAAUGCAGACGAUCAAAUGUGUGGUUGUAGGAGAUGGGGCUGUGGGUAAGACCUGCCUCCUCAUCAGUUACACUACAAAUGCAUUUCCUGAGGAGUAUAUACCCACUGUCUUUGACAACUAUAGUGCCCAGACAUCUGUGGAUGGCCAAAUCGUCAGCCUGAAUCUGUGGGACACUGCUGGCCAAGAAGAAUAUGACCGAUUGCGGACGCUCUCCUACCCCCAGACCAAUAUUUUUGUCAUUUGCUUUUCCAUUGGCAACCCAUCCUCUUAUGCCAAUGUGAGGCAUAAGUGGCACCCAGAAGUCUCCCAUCAUUGCCCCAAUGUACCUGUUCUGCUGGUAGGCACCAAGAGGGACCUGCGAAGUGACCAUGAGACAGUGAAGAAGCUGAAGGAGCAGAGCCUAGUGCCCACAACACCUCAACAAGGCAAUUCCCUGGCUAAGCAGGUAGGGGCUGUGAAGUAUCUGGAAUGUUCAGCCCUGAUGCAGGAUGGGGUACAUGAGGUGUUUUCAGAAGCUGUUCGGGCAGUGCUUUACCCAGCCACAAAGAAGAAUGCCAAGAAAUGUGUCCUCUUGUAGUUUUUGGGUGCUACUUUGGAGAUUGUACCUAAAGAAUAUAAAGGAAGCUUCCUUUGAUAGCAAUUGCUAGUGCCAGCAUGAGCCAUUUGUCUUUUCCCCUAGAAGCCCUAGACUCCUGAUUAUUUGGCUUUUGGAGGGACCUGGAAGACAAGACUAUUUCAUACACAGCUGUUUUGAAGUUUUGUAUGAACCUUUUGAAGGAAGUUUGUGUGUGUCUAUCUGUAACCCCUGUCACAAGUAGUAAAAAGAGAUGCCACUGAAUGCUGUUUUUUUCUCUACUGGCCAGGCCAUGAUGAAGCAGAGCAGUCUUCAUGAUGUCCUUGGGGAGGCAUUUGCUUGUCUGCUUUUAAAUCUAACUUUGGCUUUCUGUGCUGCAUUUACCAUUGAGCAAGUGCCUCAGACAAUGAUUUUCAAAUCACUGCAUUAAACCUUUGGAUAUUCUAAUUUUUUAUGGUGCUGGGGGUUAAACCUAGGAUCUCAUGCAUGCCAGACAAGUGCUCCACCAUUGAGCUGCACCCACAGUUCUGAUAUGCUAAUUUUCCCAUAAUGGUGAUCAAAGGCCAGGGUGCACUGCCACUUAACUACAUCCCCAGUCCUUUUUUGAUUUUUUAUUUUGAGACAGGGUCUCACCAAGUUGCUCAGGUUGGCCUCAAACUUGUGAUCCUCCUGCCUCAGACUCCUAAGUAGCUGGGAUUUUAGGGGCCCUAAAACACUAAGUUUUCGAAAGCUAUUUUAUUUGUGAUUUCUGCAUAUUCCCAAUGUUGACACAUUCCUCUUAUUCUUGAGAUGAGACCACUAAAAUGGUUAUGCAGCAUUUUCCAAAAAUCUGAGAUAGUAAUAGAUAUUCCUUUUCAAAGGGGUUUGUUGUCCAAUAAGCUCAGGAACCAACAAUUUAUAUAAAACCCAACAGGUUUCUUUAUAGUAGAACUUUAUAACUUAUUAUAUAAUGUAAUGCAAUGUUUCUCAAACUUAUUUCACCAUUGAACAUUUUGGGGGGAUCCCAUAUAAAACCUUUAUCUCUGGUAAGUUUCAGAGAAGUCAGGGUAGUGGAAACUAGGAAUUCCCAAGGUGGCUGUAAAAAAUGCAAAAAGCAUAAUGUGGUCCUGUUCUUUUUGAUGUUUCCCUCCCUCCUCAUGCCUUCAAGAAAAAUGUUUAUCAGCCACAGACUUAUUAUUGGUUCCUCUGCUUCGGGAGGUGGGUUUGGCAUUUAGUGAUGACAGUGCAUACACUGCAGGUAGGGUCCCACAAUGAGAUCUGCUAUUAGAUUCUGCUAACACCUUGGACUUGGUAAUGUGGAAGUUAUUCAAUCACUGGAAAAGCUGUAUCUGAGUCUUCUGUGUGGCCCUUUUCCCUUAGUCACUUCCUGUAAAAUAAACCCACUCAAGGUUAACUCCCUAAAUAAAACAAAAACAAUACAAACUGUCCUACCAAUCAUUGUCAGGAGUUCU